AGCAAAUUGGUUAUGGUAACUGAGGAGCGGCUUGUGGAUGAAUUAAGAAAACAGAAGGUCGGCAUUGUCCGAAAGCUGUGCAAAGCAUGCAACAUUGAUUCAAAGGGAUCCCGUGAUGACCUUAUUCUGAGACUCCGUAACGAAAUGAAAAAUAGACAUUCAUAUGACAAAGUCUUCCAGAAAAUCUGGGGUGCUUCUGGUGGCUGGGCUGUUAUUGCAUGCCCCCAUGGCAUUGUAUACAGCCUAAAAUUCAAUUUGAGGGCAGAGUCUCCUCGGGACUUCGCUGAUCUUCUCAUGUCAUGGAAGCACCUUCCUAAUGUAUCAGUGUAUGACUUCGCCCGUGGUCUCACCACUCAUACCAACUUGCGGUUUCCUGAUGUAAUGCCCUUUCAGCCAAACGAAGGAAGACUGGCAGAAUGUACCCCUGACAAUAUCACAGCAGCUCAAAAAGGAAAACUCGAAGUAUCUCUGUCAUGGUUACUUGAAAAGAAAGUAAAUCCUGACCCUGAAAGCCAUCCUACAACUGGAUCCUCCUGCCAUUUUGCCCUGUAUGAUAAAUUUCAUGAAUCCAACACAAAGGAUCAACGGGAUGUGCUGAGAAGGAUUAACCUUGUACCAGAACUGCAGGGAUGGCUAAACAGUCAAGUGGUUGAGCAGCUUUUUGGAGUCAUGAAGAAAAACAACUAUUUUCUAAACAACAUGGCACCGUCAACACACGUUUUUAUGAUGCGGAACAUAAUUCACCAUCGCAACGUUGGAACAAACCAGCAACUUUUGGACCAGCAACUGCAUAAAGGCCUUAAAUUCCACCACAUGCACACAAUUGCCCUGAAUGAAGUAGGACAAGCUGUGUUGAAAGAGGCCUUUCUGUCAUCUACUGUUCAAUCCUCCACUGAUUUGCUGCAGGAAAGAUCUUUUCAGUCUUCAUCUGACAUGGGAAAUGUCCAGUGUGGAUUGCAAUGCGAAGCGCUCACAACAUUUGGUAACAUAAAAGCCUGUAGAAGUUCAUGGACACUGGGAAAUCACCCUAAUCAAGAGAAACUGCUGUCCUAUGUCCUGGACUCUGAAAGGCCAGGAAAUGAGCUCAUAGUCAGGAUUGGAAAAACCUGUUUGACAAGAGAAGACUUUCUGUCCUUAGGCACGUCCCAAGACAUGGAGGCAACCAUUGGAAAUUGCUGCUUUGAACUGAUAACGGAAAUGGCCAAAUCAUGUGGGAAAGACAUUUUCAUCGCUGACCUGUACGUUGUCCCAACCUGGCUGCCACCACAUAAUUGUGACCCAAUGCUCAGCCUGCCUAAUGACGCACCUGUAAAAGACCUCCUGUUAAUACCCAUUUGGGUAUCAAAUCCGGGUCACUUCAUGUUGUGUUGGACUUGCAAAGCGUUUGGUUCCAGGACACUGGACUGAAAAAACUGGCUUGCAGUUAAAGGUAAAGAUUUAUUUUCUUCAUUGUUUAUUUAGUUGUGUUCAACUGACAUAUAUUCUUUACAACAUUUCAGGACCUUCCAGGACAACCCUUUGGAAAUGACUGUGGCAUAUUUAUGCUAAUGGUAGGUCAACCACUACUUGUAUAUUUAAAAUUAAGCAGUUUUAUAUAAAAAAACUACAUGAUGUUUCUUUGUACAGUAUGCCUUGUACAUCGUCCUGGAUGCACCCUUUGACUUUUCAGUUGUGAGUAGUUUCAACCUAUUUCAACGAAACCUUGUUUUAAUUUAGUUG